AUGGAUCUUGGUUUGGAGAACAUCCACGUGCUUAUCACUGGUGCGAGCGGGGGAAUCGGGCUGGAGACGGCAGAAGUGUUCUACGAGCAAGGUGCCAUAGUGACCGCCCAUUAUAACACCAACGUCAAGCCUUUAGAAAACUUCGUGUCAUCUCGUAGUCAAACGAUCAAAGCAGACUUGACGAAAGAGGAAGAAGUCAUUCAGCUGUUCGAGUCGGCGGAGAAACUCUACGGACCUGUGCAGAUUCUCGUCAUAAACCAUGCGAUAUACACAGCCGAAACGAAUUAUCUCUGGGACAUGUCGUUGGACCAGUGGAGAUGCACCAUCGAUUCUAAUCUCACUUCGUCUUUUCUCGUGGCGAGGGAAUACAUGCGGCAUCUCAAGAAAAUGUCCGUGGACCUGAAAGAUGACGCAUCCGUCAUUCUAAUUGGGAGCACAGCUGGAAAAUAUGGUGAAGCGGGCCACGCCGACUAUGCCUCGUCGAAAAGCGCAAUGAUGUAUGGUCUCACGAUGACUCUCAAGAAUGAGAUCGUCAAAAUCGCUCCCAAGGCGCGAGUCAACUGUAUUGGGCCGGGCUGGGUAAAAACGCCUAUGGCAACGGAGUCGCUGAAGGAUCCAAACGUCACGUACGCCGCACUAGUAACAACCCCUCUCAAAAAAGUGGCCAUGCCUGGGGACAUCGCAAACCAAGUCGUGAUCCUUUCAUCCAACAAGAUAUCGGGACAUGUGACAGGACAGGUCCUCAUGGUGGAAGGAGGGAUGGAAGGGCGCUUGCUCAAUAAACCAGAAGAUCUUGGAAUCACAUUUUGA